AUGAGGCCGUUUUUCACCCUCGUCGGUGCGGCAGCCUGCGGCUCGUCCCUUGCCUCUGCGCUCAGUCCCCCUGUUAUCGACACCCACUACGACUUAAUCUACGGUGGUGUUUCGCCUUUCCGUGGAGGUGAUAAAGCCUUUGUCUAUAAGGGAAUCCCCUAUGCAGAGCCUCCCACAGGCGUAAACCGCUGGACGCAGGUCUCUGGUCCAUCGAAAUGGUGCAAGUUGAACGCCACCGAAUUUGGCCCCACAAUGUGCCCAAGCAAUUAG